AUGACAUAUUUUAAAGAAUCUAUCCGUCUGGAAGAAAUUACAGCUGAAGACAGUUCAACAUCAAAUAAGAAAUUAAAAAAAGUAUUUAAAGAAGUUUCUGAAGAUGGGCCAGUUUUAACAAAGAAAUUAAAAAAGGUACUCAAGAGUUUAGACUCAGAACAACGAGAAGGGUAUAACAAAUUGCCUAAUGAAUGGAAAAUUACAUAUUUGGAGGGGAUUUUGAGGGAGAAAAACAAAGGAUUUUAUUACUUGGGUAGUUAUUAUAGAUACACAUUAUCUUUGACUUCAUGA